GUGUGUACAACUAUAAAAACAUGUUACUGACAAAAACAACUGGACAAUCCUUCCUUCUUUGUGGUGCGCUGAACUAAUCUGUUUAUGUGACACUGUAUUUGUAACUUCAUUUAUGUUGUUCGCAUUAAUCGGAUACCUAGCAACUUGUUAAUAACAUUUUAAAUAACAUAAUACGUACGUACGUACAUACAUACAUAUCGCGCACGUGUGCAUUAUACAUACAAAUAUACACACCUACUUUAUACACAAAUAUAUAACUUCCUUUUUCUUUUAUCUCUCUCUCUUUCUCUGAACUAUACACCACUCGCAUACAUACACACGUAUACACAUUCAUUCACGUACUCAUAUACGCGAUGUCAUCGUGUAAACACGGCAGAUGUGUGACCCAGAUGUAUUAAAUAUUGGUGAUCAAGUUAUCAAUUCGUCACUAUACACAGAAACAAAAAAACAUAUACCACUACCAUCAGCUUCAUCACUAUCACCACCUUCAACAUCAACAGAAUUAUAAUAAUUAUAACCAUAAUAAUCAACAUAUUAAUUAAUGACUGAUAUCUCUCGUCGGAUCUGUACCCAAGUUAAAUUCGAACCUGUCACCUAAAGAUUGCAACAGUCUUUAUUCUGGAAAGAUGGUUGGUUCGGUACGCAAGUCAAUCUUCAGUUAUGAAGCUAAAGACUUUUCAUCAUAUUUUGUUGAUGAAACAAAUUUUGCAUAUCCAGAUGAUAUAUAUGGAUUUAUCAAUAAUGCACCAACUUUUACUCCUGAUUUAGAACCACCUGAAGAUAGUCAAGCUUGCCAGUGUAAAACCCCAUGCCGUCCCUAUGGUCGCUGCUAUAGGUUUCAACAUUUAUGUUUCAAAAUUGUCAGGAUUUCAUUUCGUGUGUUGCUGUUUAUGUUUAUUUUUGCACUCAUCUUCAUUGGUAGUUACUUCUGCCAUUCCUGUCCAGGACAAGUUUUCGUGCCAGUAUUCACCAUAAUAAAUGGUUGCACCUUGUCACUCUUCAUAAUGUAUUCCUUAUUCAACUAUUUCACCUUGGAUAAAGAAAUCCCCUUUUUCACAGACAUAAGAUACAAGAAACGGUUCAAAGUGCUGGGUGACAUACUCUCUCUGUUUUUCUUCAUAUGGCUCAUUGUAGGAAGUAUCACAGUGUUCAAGUUUAACAAAGUCGUGGAAGUAAAGGACAUCACAUCAGAACAUUAUUGCCACCCCUAUAUUUUCUUUUAUACCUUUUGGUACCUCAUAGUCUUGUAUGGAAUUGUGGGUAGUAUACUAGUCAUAGGUAUAUGUGGCAUUUGCAUAAAAAACACAUAUACUUAUGCCAUAGCAACAACAUCUGUUACUGAAGUGGUUUAAUCUGCUAAUCCACAAGAUAUAUCAAUUCUUAACACAUCUACAAGGUGUCUCGUUUUAGGGGCAGAUUACAGUGAUUUAAGAUUAACCCCAGCUACCUAAUAGGUGCUUAAGUUUUCACAGUGAAAGCACUUGGCUUUGUGGUUAGAGUACUUGGCUCACAUUCAUAAGGUCAUGAGUUCAAUUCCCAGCAACGUGUCAUGUCCUUGAGCAAGACACUUCAUUUCAUGGUACUCCAGUCCACUCAGCUGACAAAAAGGAGUUAUACCUGUCACUCAAAGGAUGAAACCUUGUUACAUCCUCAGGGUCAUACUGAAUCUCCUGAGAAUUACUUGAAGGGUAUGUGUGUCCAUGGAGUACUCAGCCACUUGCUUGCUAAUUUCUUGAGCAGGCUGUUCAGAUUAACUGGAACACUUGUCAUCAUAGCCAGCAGAACAAAAAGCAGAUUUUAUCAAAACACAUUAUGUCCCAAGCUUGAGCAAUUUUGCCAAUCCACUGCCCUUGUUCAUUUUGUUAAAUCAAAAUGUCUGUUGUGGAUGAUCUGUUGGAUUAUCAUCUUAUGAGGGUUUUAGCUUCAAAUUUGCUUCAGACAUUUGUGUAUUUGGGCAAGAGUACAUUGGAUUCUUUUUUUUUUUUUUUUUUUUUUGUAAUGGCUUCCUUAAAGCACAGAAGUAAGCACAGAAGUAAGCAUUUGUGAUCUGUUUUUAGAGUGAAAGGCUAAUUCUACCUCAUAAAAAACAACCAAAAGCAGUGACUUGGCAGUCAUUAGAAUGUUGGACAGAAUGCCUUGCAGAGUUUAUUCUGAAUCUAUGUGCUCUGAGUUCAAAUCCUACUGAGUCCAACUUUGCUUUACCUCUUUUCAGGAGUUGAGGAAAAAGCACCAAUCCAGAGGAUUGUAUUAGAAGACAUAUUAAUUAGACAGUAGAGUGAGAUACUCCGCAGCAUCUGCUCAAAUUCUUUUGCAUUUUGGCAGCAAUACCUUUUGCUAAGCUGUAUGAGCCCAAGUUCGUGGCCAUUUGCUUUGAUAAACACCUGAGGUGUGGAAUGAGGAGACUUGCAUGCAUGGCCAAAUGCCAGUCUUCUGCAAAACAAUCUUAGCCAGAUUUGUAUAUACACAGGCAGGUGUACGGUCAACACUGACAAACAUAGAAGCUAAAAGAAUAGAAAUGGUCUCUCCAACAGGCUUCCACACAGUUUCUAUCUAUCAAAUUUUAUUUACAAGACUUUGUUAACCUAUGACUGUGCUUGAAGACACCUUUUCAAAAGUGUCACACAGUGGCAUCAGAUCUGAGAAUAUAGAGUUGCAAAAUAAACUAGGUUAUGCAACAAUAAUGGCACUCCAGCCAUGUCUGGACCCCUAAAUUAUACAGCUACUCUUGUGCCGUUUAACUAUAAAGUCAUGCCUGUGUGAUUAAACCACAGUCAUUAUGCUUCUUACCCAUACAAUUAUGCCUGUACCCAUAAACCACAUGGCUGUACUUGUAUCUUUAAAUCUUAUAACCUUGCCUGUGGCCCCUUAACUACAGAGCCUCUGCCCCUAAAUCACACAUGGUCAUGACUGUAACACAAAACCACACAGCUUUUACAUCAGUUCAGUUAUCAGGUGUGAGGAAUUCCAUUUGGUAGUAUAAGUUUCAAAUGUUGGCACAAGACCAGCAAUUUUUAGGGGAGGUGUAAGCCAAUUACAUGAACCCCAGUUUUCAACUGGUACCUAUUUUAUUGACCCCCACAAAAAGAUGAAAGGCAAACUCGACCUCAGCAGAAUUUGAACUCAGACCAUAAAGAUGGAUGAAAUGCCACAAAGAAUUUUGCCUGGUAUGCUAACAAUUCUGCCAGCUCAUCACUUUAUUCCAUUUGGUAAUAUUACCUGAGACUGCACACCAGGUAAAACGUUUACAUUCUCAGUUCAAAUUCUGCUGAGGUCAACUUUAUGUUCUAGGUUCAAAUUCCACCAAAGUCAACUUUGCCUUUCAUCUUUUCAGGAUUGGUAAAGUAAGUGCCAGUUGAGCACUAGGGUCAAUGCAAUCGACUUACCCACACCUUGUGAAAUUGCUAGCCCUUUCUCUAAAUCUGGAACCAAAUUUGAAACCAAUGUUACCUGAGACUGACUGGUACCUGAUCUAUGGAAAGCUUUUGUUUGUUACCUGUCUAAUUCUACAGGGUAGCUGAGCCAGGCCUGUGCAUUUAAAUUCAUUUAAGGCAUUUACACACUCACUCACCUCCCCAGUCAGACAUUCAUUCAUUCAGAGGGAAGUGCUGCCCUCCAGCAAUUUAUUGAAAGUUAGAUGAGAGUGGCAAGGAUGGUCUGAGUGAUUGGACCUGCUCUGAGCAUGCAUCUAUAGACUGAGGGGUGAGAAUGAAGAGAGGCCACUUGCUUUAGUGGUCAAGGUUUCCAUGAGCAGCCUUUGGAAGUCUCCCCACUUUGGGGGAAUCAUUCUUUACUAAAAUUUUCUUGUUACCUCAUUUUUUACUGCUGUAAAUUUGUGUAAAUGUAUGAAUUCCUUUCUGUGGUUUUUUCCCUGCUUUUCUAUCGAUGUCUUUUGUAAUUUUUUAUAUAGGCCCUAGGGCCAAUAAAGAAAUGGCUAUUAUUUAUUUUGUAAAAUAUUCAAGACAGUCAAUAAAAUAUUUUUGUUAUCAAGAA